GUCAACGUUCUGUCAAGUUUUCGAAAAAAAAAGUUUCCUGUAAACAAAACAAAAACGUUUGAAGACAUUUUGGAGCAUUUUUACGGGAAAAUUUACGAAAAAUGGGCAAACAUCGACAUCGUUCACGCUCCCCGGAAGACCAUCGAGACUCGAGAAGUCACCAAAGUCGAAAAUAUAAACGAGAACGUUCGCAUUCGAGAUCUCCGGAAAGGCGCCACAGACGAGAUGAAGUAAAAUCUUCAAAAUGGGACGACUCGCCCGACAGAAAUCGCAAUCGAGAUCAUCGAAGGCAUGAGCCUUCUGGAUCCCGCAAUUAUGACAGAGAUCGUGAAGCAAAUCGCGAUCGGAAGAUGGAUCAUCACCGGAGACGCAGAAGAAACGACGACGAUGACGGCAACUAUGAAUGGGGAAAACGCGACGACCGCCAAAAAGAUGAAUCUCCCGAAAAGGAAAAGGAAAAACCCAAUUUUGGCUUAUCGGGAAAGCUCGCCGAAGACACGAACAAAGUUAAUGGCGUUGUUAUUAAAUACGCAGAGCCGCCAGAAGCGCGAAUUCCGAAGAAACGUUGGCGACUUUAUCCGUUCAAAGGGGAACAAUCGCUGCCCACGUUGUACAUUCAUCGCCAAAGUUGCUACUUAAUUGGACGAGAUCGCAAAAUUUGUGACAUUCCCGUGGAUCAUCCGUCGUGUUCGAAGCAACAUGCCGCAUUGCAAUACAGAUUAAUGCCGUAUGAGAGAAAUGAUGGCACUGAAGGUAAACGCGUUAUUCCGUACAUCAUCGAUUUGGAGUCAGCGAACGGCACUUUUUUGAAUAACAAGCCAAUUGAGGCGAAGAAAUAUCACCAACUGAUGGAAAAAGAUGUCCUCAAAUUCGGUUUCAGUACACGGGAGUACGUAAUUUUGACGGAAAAUGCAAAAGAUGAUGAGGAUGACUUUGCUGCCGGGUCUCCGGGGGUCGAAGUGAAACAGGAACGGGACUAAAAUAGGUUUCAAAAUUUAAUUUUUUCGUUCGUAGACAAUAAAAAUGCUCA